AUAUUACGAAGUUGGUUGGUACACCAAGAAAAAUAUGAAAGAGGUAAUUAAAUGGUAUAACAAAGCAGCUAAAAAUGGUUGUCCUGCAGCAAAACGAAUUCUUGGAGAUUAUUGUUAUAAGUUCGAUAUAUUCCAAGGAUUUACAUUACUUAAACAAGCUGCUGAUAAAGGAGUACCAAAUUCAUCGUAUGAACUUGCCCGAUGUUACGAAUUUGACAAAAGAACAAUAGAAAACUUCAGUGAAGCACUAAAUUGGUACCAAAAAGCUACAGGUGAUG